AUUGCACUACUCGAGAAUCAUCCACAAUUUUCAAGAACCUACCAGCUGACCUAUUCUCUUCUUUUUUUGCGUGAUAACUCAAGUGUCCUUACGCGCACUUCGACUAAUCUUAAGAUCCAAUUCCACCAUUCACUUGCGGGGAGAAUUAAAGUCAACGCGAAGCUCCAUAAAGAGUUAUAACAGCUAAAGUUUCGAACUUGAGACUUGGGAGUAAACCCCAAGUCCUAAGUCUUAACCACCCAGUCACCGCGCCAAACCGACCUAUUCAUAUACAUACAUCUAUAUAUAAUCACACUGGACUCAUCUUUUCUCAAGUAACCAACUCCAAAGAGCCUACAGCCUACUACUACUGUUUCAGUGUUUUCAGCUCAACCUUCGACAAUGGCUGAUGAGGUGGUUGUUUUGAGCACAUGGGUAAGCAUGUUUGGGAAGAGGGUUGAAAUUGCACUGGCGGAGAAGGGUGUGGAGUAUAAGUACAAGGAAGAGGAUUUGACCAACAAGAGCCCACUCCUUUUGAUGACGAACCCAAUUCACAAGAAAAUCCCUGUUCUCAUCCACAAUGGAAAGCCAGUGUGUGAGUCCCUCAUCAUUGUUCAGUACAUUGACGAGGUCUGGAAGGAGAAAAAGCAGCUCUUGCCCUCCAAUGCUUACGAGAGAGCUCAAGCCAGGUUCUGGGCUGAUUAUGUAGACAAGAAGAUGUACGAUGCUGGGAGGAAAGUUUGGACCACAAAAGGAGAAGAGCAGGAAGUAGCUAAGAAGGAGUACAUAGACAUCCUCAAGGUGUUGGAAGGGGCACUUGGGGACAAGCCAUACUUUGGGGGUGAGGAAUUUGGGUUCGUCGACGUGGCGCUGAUCCCUUUCUACAGCUGGUUCUAUGCCUAUGAGACUUGUGGCAAUUUCAGCAUAGAGGCAGAGUGCCCUAAGCUGGUUGCAUGGGCCAAGAGGUGCAUGGAGAGGGAGAGUGUCUCCAAGUCCCUCCCAGACCCCCACAGGGUUUAUGACUUUGUUUUGCAGCUCAAAAAGAAGUUGGGGAUAGAGUAGAUAAAUGGGAUUUGGAUGGUGGAGGUUGUGUUUCACAUGGAGUGUCUUGCUUUUGUUGUUGCUUCAGUUUUUUUUUUUUUUUUUUUUUGCUUUGGUUUUUUAAUUUUGGGGUUAAUUAUAAGAGUUUGUCAAUUGCCUCUAUGCAAUAAAGAGGGCAUAUGUUGUUAGAUUCUGGAUGUUUUCCAUUGUAAGAAAAUGUUCAUGAAUUGGAGUGCCUGUGGUA